CUCUCUCUCUCUCUCUCUCUCUCUGAAAGUUUUCUUUUCUUUAUCUUUAAGAAUUUGCUUGGUUUCAUUUAUUUUCUUAUGUAUGGCUUUUAUUCAAUCUUCUAGCUUGGUUGUUGUAGCAGCUUUUCUUUUGUUUUUACCUUGAAAUAGUCUUUCUGUUUUCCAAUCAUGAAGAAGAUGGAAAACUGUAAACUCAUACUCUUCAGCCUAGCUUAAUCUUCUUUUCAAAUCUCUCUAGGGUUAGUUGUAUGAAUUAUAUGCAAUACUAUAUAUACAUAUAAUUAUUAAAGUAAACAUAUAUAUAUAUUGGUUUUCACUUCUCUUCAUCACCAAUGAUGAGUGAAUCUUGAAUUUUCUUUCCCAAAAACCAAAAAAGUUGAAAAUUUUAAUAUUGGUGGAAUGAUUAAGGGCAUGAUGGUUGAUGAGAGCAUGUCAAAUUUAACCUCAGCAUCUAAUGAAGCAAGUAUUUCUUCAACUAGUAACAAUCCAGCCCAGUCAGCUGCCAAGAAGAAGAGAAAUUUACCAGGAAAUCCAGACCCUGAGGCAGAGGUGGUGGCUUUGUCACCAAGAGCACUAUUGGCAACAAACAGGUUUGUGUGUGAGAUCUGCAACAAAGGGUUCCAAAGGGACCAGAAUCUGCAGCUGCAUAGGAGAGGGCACAAUCUGCCAUGGAAGCUGAAGCAAAGGAACAAGAAUGAAGUGAUAAAGAAGAAGGUUUAUGUGUGCCCAGAGGCCUCAUGUGUCCACCAUGACCCUUCAAGGGCCCUUGGGGACCUCACUGGCAUCAAGAAGCACUACUCAAGAAAGCAUGGUGAGAAGAAAUGGAAGUGUGAUAAGUGCUCCAAGAGAUAUGCUGUUCAAUCUGAUUGGAAAGCCCACUCCAAGAUUUGUGGCACUAGGGAAUAUAGAUGUGAUUGUGGAACCCUUUUCUCUAGAAGGGACAGCUUCAUCACACACAGGGCCUUUUGUGAUGCCUUAGCAGAAGAGAGUGUGAGAGCCAUAAGUGCACCUUCUAAUAAUCCUCUCCUAUCUUCCCAUAUUGCCCUCCAACAACCCUUCCCAGUACUGAAGCAAGAGCCACCACCGCCGCCGCCCCCGAGCUUCCGCCCGCUCCGGGCAGGAGCGGCGCAGCCCGAGCUGCCACCCUGGCUAGCCUGCCCGCCGCAGCCGGCCGACCUCUCCACCCACCUCUUCGGCCUCCAUGAAAACCCUAACAUGAGCGCCACGGCGUUGCUCCAAAAGGCCGCGCAGAUGGGGGUGACCACAAGUAGCACGAACAACAACAACAACAACAACAACAGCCUGGUUGGUGCCGCUAGCGGUAACGUUAUCGGGCCCCACCACCAAGGGCCCGUUCACAUGAGCGCCACUCCUCCUGGCGGUUUCUUCAGUGAAGAGCUGGCUUUGGCUUCUUUCGGACUAUCAAACAAACCCCAACCCCAUCACGCUAAUCUCACCUCGGGUUGCAUGGAAACCUCCAUCCCUCCCCCUCCCCCUCGUAACAUGAUCAUCAACUCCGCUAGCACCAGAGAUUUCUUAACCCUCGGCGCAUUUCCUCAUCAUCAUCAUCAAAGGGAUACCUUUCUCAACAUGGCUGGGCUUGACCACAUGGCCGGACCUUCUUCUUCUUCUUCCUCCUAUGAUCACCAAAACCAAAACCAAAACCAAAACCAACCUCCAUGGCUAAACUAGCUUCUUGCUGGUAAGCUUUUUGUUUCUCCAAAGAUAAAGGGUAUUGGGCUCUAUUAUUUUAGCUGCAAAAACCAGUGACUCUACGUAGGUGUGGCAUGAAGAAGACAGACAAAGAGGAGAGCCAAUGGUUUUUGUUUCUCUUAGCUUAUUUAUACUUUUUGGUUUAUAAUUGAUGAAGUGCACUUGUUAUGGGAGGGAGCUAAGCAACCUUCAUAUUCUUCCUAAUUCUGAUGCAUGCUGUGGUGUAUUUAAUACUUUAUCGUAAAUUUUCUUCUUUUUCUCA